AAUAGACGUCAUCAUAUGGCGUCGUAAGAAGAGAGAGAGGAGGGAGGGGGGUGAAAAAUGGCUGCCAGGGCGUUCAGACGGCGGAGGGAGGAGAGCGAGGAGGAUGAGGAGGAUGAGCAGCUGGCUGAGGAGGUCAGGUUAAAGCUCGAGGAAGCCAAAGAAGUGCAGAGCCUGAGGAAGAGACCCAAUGGGGUGAGUGCUGUAGCUCUGCUUGUGGGAGAGAAGUUGCAAGAAGAAGCGACACUUGUGGAUGACCCAUUUAAGAUAAAAUCUGGGGGGAUGGUGGACAUGAAGAAACUGAAAGAACGAGGCAAGGACAGGAUUAAUGAAGAGGAAGAUCUGAACUUGGGAACUUCCUUCUCAGCUGAAACCAACAGACGGGAUGAGGAUGCUGACAUGAUGAAAUACAUUGAGACAGAGCUGAAGAAGAGAAAAGGAAUUGUGGAGAAUGAAGAACAGAAGGUGAAGCUGAAGAACGCUGAGGACUCUCUGUAUGAGCUGCCGGAGAACAUCCGUGUCUCCUCUGCCAAGAAGACUGAGGAGAUGCUGUCCAACCAGAUGCUGAGUGGCAUCCCUGAAGUGGACCUGGGAAUUGAUGCAAAAAUAAAGAACAUAAUCUCAACUGAAGAGGCCAAGGCCAAACUGCUGGCAGAGCAACAGAACAAGAAGAAAGACAGCGAAACUUCCUUUGUUCCCACAAACAUGGCUGUUAACUAUGUCCAGCACAACAGAUUUUAUCACGAGGAGCUCAACGCGCCGGUGAGAAGGAAUAAAGAAGAGCCAAAGCCCCGUCCACUGAGAGUGGGGGAUACAGAAAGGCCAGAACCUGAGCGUUCUCCUCCAAAUCGCAAACGUCCACCCAAUGAAAAAGCAACUGAUGAUUAUCACUAUGAGAAGUUCAAGAAGAUGAACCGGCGCUACUGAUAAACGUGGGCUGAGGGCUCUGCAGAGCUGCUUGUUCUCCCCAUCUCUCAUGGUGGAUCUUGUGUCAGUGCCCAGGAAUGGAGGAGCUUUCCUUGUGCUCUUGUCGAUCUGUUUGUGAACUCUGGCUGGUAAAAUCUUGUAUAUAACUUUUAUUUUCCAUCAUAAAGCUUAUUUUAUCAUAACGUCAGCUUUCACGGCGAGACUUUUUGUAGUGGGAAGAUGAAAUUGACUUUACAGAUCCUCUGUAUGGAGGAAAAACAAGUCAAAUCUCCUUUAAAAGCAGGAGGAGCCCUUCAGGAGUGGGAAGGGGCAGAGAUCAGUGUUAGCAGGGAGGAGGUUGGAGGGGGGUGAUGUGAAGGAGCCUGAAAGCAAGAGAUGGGGCUUAAUAAAAGUCUUUUAAGGCACUGUAA